GGCGCGGGUCCUGCCGGGCGCAGGCGCAGUGAGUGCAAGCGGCGGCAGCCAUGGACGAUGAGGAGGAGACGUACCGGCUGUGGAAAAUCCGCAAGACCAUCAUGCAGCUGUGCCACGAUCGUGGCUACCUGGUGACCCAGGACGAGCUGGACCAGACGCUGGAGGAGUUCAAGGCCCAGUUUGGGGACAAGCCCAGUGAAGGGAGGCCUCGGCGCACAGACCUCACGGUGCUGGUGGCCCACAACGACGACCCCACUGACCAGAUGUUCGUCUUCUUCCCAGAGGAGCCCAAGGUGGGCAUCAAGACCAUCAAGGUGUACUGCCAGCGGAUGCAGGAGGAGAACAUCACGCGGGCCCUCAUUGUGGUACAGCAGGGCAUGACGCCCUCCGCCAAGCAGUCCCUGGUCGACAUGGCCCCCAAGUACAUCCUGGAGCAGUUUCUGCAGCAGGAGCUGCUCAUCAACAUCACGGAGCAUGAGCCCUGUGGAGACCAGGUUCUCUUCUCGCAGCUGGUCCCUGAGCACGUUGUCAUGACCAAGGAGGAGGUGACGGAGUUGCUGGCCCGGUAUAAACUCCGAGAGAACCAGCUGCCCAGGAUCCAGGCGGGAGACCCCGUGGCACGUUACUUUGGGAUAAAGCGAGGGCAGGUGGUGAAGAUCAUCCGGCCCAGCGAGACCGCAGGCAGGUACAUCACCUACCGGCUGGUACAGUAGCGGCCCGACAGACAUGAAGCGAGAGGGUGCCGAGGGCUGGGUGUGGGCGGCCGUCCCAGCCCUGUGAGUGAGCCCCGCCUGUUACGUGCUCUGGAGGGAGCUCACAUUCAGCCUGCGCGCCCAGCUCAUGUGACAGGUCACACUGCUGGCCGCCCCCUGUCUCUCGGCAAGUCCCCCAGGGGAUGGAAAGAUGGGCUGCGAUGACCCACCAGGUCGGGAGCUUGGUGGCCGACUGCCUGGGGGAGUCCGCUCCUCCUGGGAACCUUGCCUCUGCUCCCCUGGGCUGCAGGGUGGCCCGCCUUGGGCUUUCCUUUCCUGGCCUGAGGGUCCCCGUGGCUUCUCCUGGGCUCCUGGAUGCUGAGCCCCACCCUGGAUCCCACCUGACGGUACCUUGGGAGGGGACAGGAUACCGCAGGGUGGCCCCGAGCUCCUCCCGGGCUUCCGUCGCCGUGUCCCCCCAACAGUGACCCUGAUGCUGCUUGUCUGGGUGCUCCGAGGGCAGCGGGGAGUGAGACAGAUUGCUACGGAAUGCUGGGUAUCUUAAAGAAUUAAAAAUAUCUUGAGUAAAUAA